UGAUCUGCCCGUCUCUGUGCUGGUGUACAGUGGCAGCAUUUCUCUUCACUGCAGAGGCAGCUUCAAUCUCUACUCCAGGAUGUCGGGCCUUCUGACCAGCUCUCUUCUGCUCUUCCUCUCCCUGACGCUGUUCCAGACUUCCACACCAGAAGCAAAGCCUCUCUCUGCCAUGCGUGGAGUCCGUCUGCGAAGAGACCUGCGGGAUUCAGUGCCCUACGAGGCCCAGAUGAUGUCUUACCCUGCUGCUGACUUCAGGAGUCGGAGCAAUGAUCUGUACUACCAGCCAGAGGUCUUGAGAGCUCAAGGUCUUGGACAAGCCUUCCAGCGACUAGUGGAGAACGAUCAGAGGCGGGAACAGGAAGCAGCUUAUCUGGCGUCGAUGCUGCGGCUCCUGAACGAAGCACAGAAUAACGGACAGGGCAAACCUGAGGAAGAUGAGGAGGAGGAGAGUGAUCUCCAGAGCCAAUACCCUCCAGACUACGAUGAGACCGAGCAGGCCGUGAGCAUGGCCAAGCCCCAGGCUUCACGACAGGGCCUUCUGGACCCUCAGAUUACUCAGGCUCUACUCAACCGCUACAAGCAGGAGAGACUGAUGCAGACUGGACUUGCUCCGAACACCAACAGGAUACCAGAGAGAGAGCAGGACAAAGACCAAGAGAUGCUCAGGUACUUUGUUGAGAAGAUCCUCUCCAGCUUGGCGUCAGGUGGCAAUCAGGUAGGCCCUUCAAACCAGCGUGCUAAACGAGAUCUGAGCACUGUGGCCAACAUGGAGCAAUCUAGAGGACCCACCCUAAAACGCUCCCGCCGGUCCCUGGACUCCGGCCCCGGACCCUCCCCCCAAGUCGAGGCAUCACUAUUGAGGGUGAAACGGCUCGAUGGCGACAUGGAUGACGACGAGGUCCCAGGGCAGAGGAAUAGAACACCUCACGUCGGCCUGCAGAGGAUGAAGCGCAUAGACACUGACCUUCCACCCCCCAAAAAACACAGCCGCAAGCGCAGAGCCCUGACCUAUGAUCCCGCUCUGAUCGCACAGCACAUCCUCCAGUACCUGCCAGCCUAAAGAGUACAAGAAAGGGGGAAUAACAAGGAAAUGUUUGGGGGAAAAUAGAGGGAAAACUAGACAGAGAGCGGGACUGCAACAUUUCACUUGCUUACAGAUACGCCAGUGUUCAUUGUCAUCUGCCUAAAUCCAAUCAAGGUCUGCUUCCUGAGGUACUCUGAUAUGAUAUUACUCUGUUUCAGUGUUAUACUAUAAAAAAAUCCCACACACAUUACAGCUUAUGGAAUAUGCUUUUAGUUUUUCUUCUUUCUGGCUACAUUAUACAGUGUGGAAGGCCUUUUCUGCCAAAAAAAAAUUGAGAUCAUAUCUCACAAUUAUGACUUUUUUCUUCUUCUAAGAUUUAUGAGUUUAUAUAAAAAAUUUGGCUUUUCUUCUCCGAUUUCUGAGUUUACAUUUUGCAGUUCUGACUUUUUUCUCUCGGAAUUGGUAUAAAGUCAUAACUGUGAGUCUCAGUCUCAGUCACCUUUUUAAUUUUUAUUAAUUUUUUUUACUCCAUGGUGGAAACAGGCUUCCAUAGUACAGGCAUUAAAUGACCUUACCGACAUGGAAAUUAUCAUCAGUUACUGGCUUUCACAAGCAGCUCAUCGCUGUUUUUGUCAGAAUCAACAGGAUCAAGGUCACACUAAUCUUUAUUACAGACUGAGAUGGUUUUAAAAGAUGCUUCACUCUAAAUAAGAUCUGUUGAAUUACUCAAAACCACAAACAAAACCACAGCUUGAACAGCAUUUAGGUGAUGUUUUGUCAUGUGCAUUCUCCCUAAUGCACGUGACAAAAUUACCCAGAAUCCCUGAGUCUCUCAAUAGCUACAAGCAGCAUGACUGUGGUUCUACAGAGAUCCAAAUAUAUCAGAGCUUUGCUACAGCUGUCAGUGUGUUUGGAGACACGGUGUUUCAUAUUGUGUUAUAUUUACAGACUUAUGAAUCAGAUCAGUUAAAUAUUUGACAUUGCUAUAUCUACUCCUAUACCUAUUGUAUAUUGUUUCAGAAAUUAAGCUAAAUUUUUUCUUUUCUUUUCUGGAAACAAAUGAUUGAAAAACAAAAAUGAUUAAAAUCUAUUUAUUGCAUAAGAUGUCUGGUACAGGUUUAAACAGCAGCACAACAUCAGAUCAGCUGCUUUAUAUAGCAGUAGGCAGCACUACAAGAGUUCAGUCUCAAAAUGAGCCUAUCUAAAUGUCAAACCUGUUUCCUGUCCUCUCUUUCUCUGAUUGGCUGUCUGAAGUGAUGUACUAUCUUAUUAGUGUCAUAUGCAUCCUAUGCAAGCUUGAUGAAGUGUAUUUUGUCCCUUGACUUGGCUUCGAAACAUUCUGUCUGAUACUAAUCACUGUCUCAACUUCUUGCCCUCUGGGUUUGUAAUCUGACUAUUAUGAAUUUGUGAGAGAAAUCGUGGAUCUUAGUAUAUUUAAAUGCUUUUCGGUAUAUUUGUGCAGUCAUAAAAUCUUGUACAAAAAUACGUAUCUCUGCACUGCGAGUUUUGUCAAACAACAAAAAUCACUGUAAGAGCUAAUAAAGUGUAUGUGAACAAUA